AUGUUUCUUCCAUUCGCCAAAAGCCGCUCCAUAAUCAAUCCGGGUCAAACUCUCCAAAGGCUCGUCCUCCUUAUCGAUAUCGAGUUCUCCCAACAUCACCACGUUCUCUCCUCUGAUAAGGAAGAUUUGAGGCUCCACAGACUCGCCGUAACGACCUCCAUCCAGAUAGACUCUUUCGACACCGUCGUGAAUAACAAGGUUGGCAAAUUGGUCAAAGGUUCUCAAAACUCCAAUAAUGCUGCGUCCAUCUCUGAGCAAAACAAACACCUUUCUGUCCACAGAACCAAUGAUGGCCGCCGAAGUUGUGAAAGAAUACGAUUGCAAAUACAAAUCCUCAAGAUUUGCACUGGAACCAGCCGACAUUAUUUAAUAACAGUUUUUUCGUCAAUCCAAUUCAUUUUUUUACAUAAUCACUACCUACAAGAAUUCUCUGGCCUUACGUCUGUACUCAUUGCAAUCUCUAAGCCAUUGUCUGUAGUCCUUAAGGGAACCAAUCUUCUCACCGUAAUAGUCAGGAACAGGGUUGUUCAUACUCUGUCUCGAGGCAUCAACUCUUCUUUCGAUGAUAUGUCUGAGGAACAACUUUUGCUUGAUUCUGAAACAGUCCAUGAUCUUGCGGUUCUUCAGUGCAAACAGCGGGUCUCCAAUCAGUCCCGGACCCAAAAGAAAUCCAACAGUACCAGUAGCCAAUAUUCCUCCAAUAUAGACAGUGAAAGUAUCAAUUCCAAAGAUGGUUUCUGUUGGAUCAAUCUGAAUUUGAGAGACGUAACCCCACGCUCCAACAACGGCCAAAAAUGCAGCGAUUCCGGAUCCAAGCAGAGAUGUCCGACGUUGUUCUUUACGGAGGGUCAGAAAUUGUUCCCACGUCAUUUUGUUCGCCAACUCCAACUCCUUUGGCGUUAA